GACGGCAGCCGCCUAUUGUGCAGCCGAAGAAGAAGAAUCAGUCGAGCUUUUAUCAACUCGAAGUGGCUACGUAAAUGUUAGCAAGGUGACACAAAUGGUUGUUCUUUCUCUUGGAUAUUGUUCCCCAUUGCUGACUCGAUAUGGGCAAGAGAGACAAUCGAGUGGCUUACAUUAACCCCAUUGCUGCUGCACGAGCCAGGGGGCCGGUACAGGGCUCUGGGCCAACCAUUCAGGAUUAUUUAAGCAGACCUCGACCAACAUGGGAGGAGCUAAAGGAACAGCUGGAGAAGAAGAAAAAGGGCUCUCGAGCCCUGGCUGACUUUGAGGACAAAAUGAACGAGAGAUGGAGGAAAGAACUCGCCAAAAACAGAGAGAAAAUGUUAGGCGGAAGUGAAAAGGACAAGGAGGAGAAGAAAGACAAAAAAGAGGUAUGA